AUGGGGAUGAGGCGCUUCAAACUUCUUCUUUCGAUUGCAUAUUCUCUGCGCCACUUCUUCCAGCACUUCCACUGCUGCAACGCUCAGCAGAAGGCUCCUGGGUGGCAUGGGUUCAACCCUCUCGUUAAGAGAAAACACGACUUCCAGUCCCUCGUGGUCAGAGUACGGGAAAUCCUUGCCGGGAAUAUUGCCCGACAGAGCCAGCCGCUUGCUCUGCAGUUACAUAUACACACAACACAUUCAGAACAGAUAAGG